UUCACUUCAUCACGCCAAAGCAUAUGCUCUUCCAUAUUCUAUUACUCUUUUGCUAUUAAAACCGAUUCAUCCACCAUUCCUCCUUCAUUUCCAUUCUUCCAAGUAUGAAGUUCGGGAAGAGAUUAAAGCAGCAAAUCGAGGAAACGUUACCAUCUUGGCGGGACAAGUUCUUAUCCUACAAAGAGUUGAAAAAGCUCGUUCGACUGAUUUCUUCGGCCGAGUCUCCCAUGUACGGAAAGGAAGAUGCCGAGGCUGAAUUCGUCUACUUGUUGAACAAUGAGAUCGACAAGUUUAAUGGCUUCUUCAUGGAACAAGAGGAAGACUUUAUCAUCCGGCACAAGGAAUUGCAGCAGAGGAUAGAGAGAGUUAUAAGUACAUGGGGCACCAAUGGGACCAAGCCUUCAGAAGCAGAAUAUAGAGACGAAAUGGCCAGAGUUCGAAAAGACAUGGUCAAUUUCCAUGGCGAAAUGGUCCUCUUAGUGAAUUACAGCAAUAUCAAUUACACAGGUUUGGCUAAGAUAUUGAAGAAAUACGACAAGCGAACCGGUGGAUUGUUACGGUUGCCCUUCAUCCAGAAAGUGCUGCAGCAACCGUUUUUCAUAACCGAUCUAGUUUCGAAGCUGGUCAAGGAAUGUGAAAACACCAUUGAUGAAAUGUUCCCUGUACAAGUAGAAGAAGAAAUUGUGAAGGAACAAAGAGAAGCCAUAACGGUAGCAGGGAAAGGGAUCUUCAGGAACACUGUGGCGGCUCUGUUGAGCAUGCAAGAAAUUAGGAGAGGGAGCUCUACUUACGGCCACUUUUCGCUACCGCCUCUCGACUUGUCGGACUCUGAUCUCAUACACUCCUUCCAGCUCAACCCCCCAAUCCCCACUGUCUGAUCACAAUUUAUAAACUCAACUAUUAUGUGCUUUUGAUCGUGUAAUGUUUAUUACGAUUGUCAACAUAAUAAUCGUAAUAUAUUAUCAUAUUCGUUAUUUA